AUCUCUGGUCGUUUGCAGUCCCAAUAUUCUGUCCAUUCCCUCAACAAUGCCUGCUGCUUUUCAGUGUGCAUUGUUUCUCGAGCAUACUCUUGAUCUUCUACCUAUAGACUGAGAAGGCGGGGAACUCAACAACCAUGCUGCCAGGGAUAGAUAUCCCCUUCCUCUGGCUUUCCAAGGCCAUCGGGGCUUCUGUCGAUGAGCUUAAGCUCCUGACAAUCUUUCUCGUGUCAUACCCUUUGGCUGCUGUCUUGAAACGACUUCCGGACGACAAGCCACAAUGGAAGAACAUAUUCAGUGUCUCCAUCACCCUCUUCUACCUGCUUGGUGUUUAUGAUCUUUGGAACGGAACGGUUACUCUCCUCAUAGACGCGAUCGGCACCUAUCUAAUAGCCUACUAUGUCGAUGGCUCGCUGAUGCCGUGGCUCGUAUUUUGCUUUUUGAUGGGCCACAUGUCAAUCAGCCACAUUGAACGACAAAGGAUUGCCGACCCGAGUCUUAUAGACAUCACGGGGGGCCAAAUGGUCUUGAUCAUGAAGCUGCAUGGGUUCAGUUGGAACGUGCAUGACGGGAGACUAAAAGGCGAAUUGUUGACCGACACCCAGAAAGACCGCGCGGUAUACAAGAUGCCCAACCUUCUCGACUUCGCGGGCUAUGUGUUCUUCUUUCCCUCUAUUUUCACCGGUCCUGCAUUUGAAUACGCGGACUACAAACGAUGGCUCGACGGAAGCAUAUACGAUGCCACGCCAGGCACCAAAGCAGCACCUCCCGCGAAGGGCAAACGCCGCAUCCCGCACUCGACAGUACCAGCCAUCCGCAAAGCCGUCGGCGGUCUCAUCUGGAUCGGCGCCUUCCUGCAACUCUCCCAAUGGUACCACGUGCCCUUUUUCCUCUCGGACGAAUACAUGAAGUACUCAUUCCCUUACCGGGUCUGGCUGCUGCAGAUGCUCGGCUUCGCCACGCGCACAAAGUACUACGGGGUGUGGUCGCUGACGGAAGGGGCUUGUAUCAUGGCCGGGAUCAGCUACAACGGCAUCGACGAAAAGACGGGCCAGGCCAAGUGGGACCACCUCGAGAACGUGAACCCGUGGGGGAUCGAGACGGCGCAGAACUCGCGCGCGUACCUGGACAACUGGAACAAAAACACCAACAAGUGGCUGCGCAACUACAUCUACCUGCGCGUGACGCCCAAGGGCAAGAAGCCGGGCUUCCGCGCCACGCUGGCGACCUUCCUGACCUCGGCGCUGUGGCACGGCUUCUACCCGGGGUACUACCUGACGUUCGUGCUGGCGGCGUUCAUCCAGACGGUGGCCAAGAACUUCCGGCGGUACGUGCGGCCGUUUUUCCUGACGCCCGACGGGAGCAAGCCGACGCGGUACAAGAUCUACUACGACGCGGCGGGCUACGUGGCGACGCAGCUGGCGUUCUGCUUCACGACGGCGCCCUUCGUGGUGCUGGGGUUCGGCGACUCGCUGAAGGUGUGGGCGCGCGUCUACUUCUACACGGUGGUCGGGGUGGCGGCGUCGCUGGCCUUCUUCGCCUCGCCGGCCAAGCGCGCCCUGACCAAGCGCCUGGACACGCGCAACCACCCGCACCUGCGCAAGACCAUCGCCGAGGAGACGCAGUACCCGCCGUCGUUGGGCCUGCCCAACGACCCGGUCCGCGAGAUCGACGAGGCCAUCGACGAGAUCCGCGCCGACAUCGAGACCCGCCGCCGCCGCGGCAGCCGCGUCACCAUGCCCAGCGGCGAGGGGCUGAAGAACGCCAUCGAGCUCAAGCUCGGCCGCAAGCUCGAGAUGCCCGACUGGAAGCUGCCCCAGGUCUUUGGCACCGACCAGCACCCACAACAACAGAAUCUGGCGGCGGACAGGGCAAAGGCCGCCGAGAUUGCCAAGGCCGCCGCGGCGGCGACGACACCGACGGCAAAAACUACAGCGGAGGAAGGGAAGAAAGUGAAAUGAAUUUGCCAAUGCAACCCCCACCCUAGCGGAUGAUGAAUCAAUGAAUGAUCCGGUAUUUCCCAAAUGAGAAGCGAGUUAUUUCCAGCAGAGGGUUCUUUCUCAAUAGGAGGAUUGAUAGGUGGGCACAGGGAUGCUCCUUACUUCGCAUAGUCCAGACGAGUCUAGCAUUGGCUGGAGAAGCCACAUAAUUAGAUCUAACAAUUAUUUCCAGAACCCGUCGCAGCCAAAAGGCGGAAUCACAUUGAUGAUGACGAUGACGGAAUGCAUUUUUAUUUCC